AGCUUUCGUCGCAGUCCAUGUAUAAACAGUCAAGAGGUUAAUGGAUAUACCCCACUACACCACGCAUGUCUGAAUGGCCACAUCAACAACGUGCGUCUCUUAUUGGCUCAUAAUGCUGUACCAGACAUGCCAGACAUAAGAGGCUCAACUCCAUUGUAUUUAGCAGCAUGGGCAGGUCAUGAUGAGAUAGUUAAACAACUAUUACUGCAAACACCCAAAGCAGCUAAUCAAAAUAUGCAGACUAUUGAUAAUGAAACUCCACUGCAUUGUGCCGCACAACAUGUUUUAGCCAUUUUGCUUGCCUACGAUGCGGACCCCGCUGUCCGCAACAAUAGUUUUCAAACUGCACUAGAUCUAGCAGCGCAAUUUGGACUAGUUGAGUGCACCCCAUACACCAUUUCGCCAUCAACACAUCUCUUUACUCUAACAUGUUUGCAUUUAGCUAGUCGUAAUGGACACAAAAAGGUAGUAGAAGCGCUAGGUUAGGUUAGGUAAGGUUAAACG